UGGUUGCAGUAUUGCGUGCCCUAUAUCAAAUCAAUUCUCUCUCUCUCUCUCUCUCUCUCUCUGUCUCUCUAUUUGGCAUUUAUUAUUCCCAUCUGAUGGUGGGGUCUGCCUUCUUCGUACUUCUCUUCCACUUCGCUCUAUCAGACGUGUCGUUCUCGGAGACAUUGCACAUGCACAGGUCCUUUUUGAACACACCCGCCCAUCUUGUUUUUGGUCGUCCUCUUGGUCUAGGCCCUCGUAUGUUUAGAUUGGCUGUAACAUUACCCACAUAAUCUGGAGGUCUUCUUUUUACGUGACCAAACCAACGAAGCCUGCUCUCUUGUAGCCUAUACCAAAUCAAAUACGAUUUAUUGAAAAGAACUUAAUUUUAACAAUCAGACAUAACACAUGGAUACAGUACAACUUGGGCGGCCAAUUACCAGGAAACAAACAUUUCCUAGACUUGGAUACCAUACCAUAUUACCAACAGCAUUCACCAACUGCACGUUACAUCGUUAAAUAUUAUAAUGGCCAUAAAAGAUUCGAUAGCAUUUACUAUUCAGCUAAGUAGCGUUCAAAGAAUAUUACUUUUUUAUCAAUGAAAUAUUCGUUUAUUCGAAAUGGCAAAUUCUUGUAAAGCCUACCUAAAAGCAUACGAUCCAGGUACUUAAGUUGGCCAAGUGCUUUUAUAUCCGUGAUCAGCGGUUUUAUGGGAUCAGAUGGUUAAUCUUUGAGAUAAAUUACGAUCUUGUUUGAUUCAAUUACAUAGAACACGUUUAGUACCUUCUUCCUUGUCUUCCCGGGCACAUUUUAAAAUCCAACUGAGGGAUGUCCUUUCAAACAUGGUGGACAAUUGUUAUGGGCGAUAGGCUGAUGAUGACAUGCAAAAAUAGGUAGUAUCCUAGGUCAAAGAUAAAUAAUGAAAGAUUACUAAAUUCAGACAUCAUCAUCUUCUGCCUAGCAUUAUCCCGUUUUUCACUGGGUCCGCUUACCUAACCUGAAAAUAUGACAGGUCCGGCUAUAUAAUGAAGCGACUGCCUCUCUGAUCUUCCAACCCGCGAAUGGAAAACCAGCCCAAUGCCGGUUAGGUCACAUACCUCCGAAAAAUGCAUUUUUCGGGAAUGUGCGUUUCCUCACGAUGUUUUCCUUCGCUGCUGAGCACAUGAUAAUCAUUUAUGAUCCAAACAUGUAUUCGAAAACAAAUUCGACAAUCAUUGGUUUAAGCCUGUGCUGGAUUCGAACCUGCGACCCCAGAGUUAGAGGCAAGGUUACUAAAUAAAGACAGAUCUAACUAAAACUGAUGAUAAAUUUUCUUUUUUCUAUUUAACUUGUUUAUGAAAUUUUAAUCAACAAAAUCGCAAUUAGUCAGACAUUUUAUAGAUAGAUAAAAUACUUUAUUGAGAAUGGACACAAAAUUCAGAAAUUAAUAAGGACAUCACCGACAUUUUGUCACGUUUUUCUAUGACGUCAGAGUGCGCUUUUUCAUCCAAAUUCCGUGUUUUGACGUUUAGUAAAAAGUGAUUUGACUAGUUGGUAACUAGCCUAAUGCCAACAGUGAUGAAAUCGCUUACGUUUCCUAAUAUUACGUUUAUGUUUUAUUUUUAUUUAAUUAAAGUCCUUGGCUUGCGACUUAAGCUUAUAAAAAGUUUUCUCAAGCUUAAUAAGAGUCGUAAAACAUAAAAGGGGACUCUACAAUAAGAUGCAACAACCAUUUAAAAAGAAGACGGAGAAUUUGAAAAACAAAUAACGUUUAUGAAUUAUAAGAUUUAUAACUUAACCUCUCAUAUGCCGAGAUACCAGACACAAUAGAUUUUACAUUGUGUCUGGUCGAGAUCCGCGUUCCGGCGUUUAAGGGGUUAAUAAGUAGGUAACGUAAAUAUAUCAAUUUAAAUAUUUGUAAACUUGGAAACUGUUAAAUGGUAGUAAAUUUCUGUGGUAGAAUUUUUAGUUUAGAAUAUUGGGCAAGAAACUCUACAGUGUAUUGUACCAUGAAUAAGGUCCUUUAUGGUAAGAUUUUCUGUAGGCUCUGUACGAUUCUUAUUCAUGUGAUACCAGUAAUAUAAUCUAAAAACUUUGUGACUGAAUAAUAUUAGGCAUCAAGACAAUUUCCAUUAGUUUUUAUCAUCAAUAAACAUUUUAUGAGGUUUUAAUUGAUAUAAUGGCUGUCUUCUCUCUUUAAUGAACUGUUCAGAAUAUUUUAUGGUCUACGUAUUAUAAAUUAUCAUAUUUAUGAUGAAAAUUAUAGUACGUAAUGGAUCAUUUAAUUACAGGGACGUUAUAUUUCUAAAGUUAAGUUUAAUUAGUUUAUUCUGUGUUUAUACUUUAUUACAUUUUCGAAAUAUCCAAAUAAAUAAUGAAUUUAUUGUUACACUAACUAUACAGCGCAGUGUAGUGAUAGUGAAAAUUUGUUGUGAAAUAAUAAUCAUUAAUAUUAAGACUAGUACAUUCAGAUUAGUCAAAUAUUUAUGUUAAGUAAGUAUUCAAUUAAUAUUUAUAAUUAUAUACCUUAUGUACCUUACGAUAAAAUAAAUACCUUAUGUUUUGUAAAAAAACUUAUAUUGUCAUUUAAAUAUCUAAUACCCUUACAAAACUCAAACCUCAUAGGUAUAAUUAGAAAACUGACAGACUUCAGAAACUUUUUGUAUGUGUAGAUUACCAAUCGUCUUCCAUUACCACAGACUCGGUGAGCUUAAGUAAUCGCUCGAUGUCUACAACAACUCCGUGUUUCAUGUCCUACAUGGAACUUUAUCCUGUACUUAUCAAAAUUGUGGUUUAGCUCAAAAAGUAGCUCGUUAAAUCCCUGCAGCAUAGUAUCUGGAGCUCAUCUCGCGUCCCGUUAACAUACCGCGGGCAGGUGGUCCGCGGCGCUAGGCCUCCGCAGUACAUAGAUGAGCGCGCGCGACGCCCGACGCGCGCAUCCGCCGCGUUCCAACUACGAAUUACGCGCGAAAAAACAACAUUCAUGACUUAAAAAAUAAAAAUCGUGCACUGAUGACGCUUUAUACAGCCACUAAAUAAAAGUGCCGUGGAUGUAGACGCAAAGGAUUCCUCAAUAAUAACUUAAGUGGGCGCAGCAGUAUGUGGUUAGCAAUACUGCUGGCAUGCCUGUCAGCGAGCUCCGCGCACGCGCAGCAGCCGCGCGCGAACCGCGUGCGCAGCGUGACGUCAACGUGCGACCGCGGCGCGCUUACCGUGCGCCUGACCAUGGACCUGCCCUUCAAGGGACUUGUGUUUACUAAGGACUUCUCGAGGGAAUGUCGAGUGCAAGGCAACCUGCAGAAGAACAUAUCCCUGCACCUCCCUUCCAACGCGUGCGGCGUGCGGACCUCCACACUCAAUUCAACCGAGCCUGACGACGAAGAGGACCUCUACUAUACCGUCGAGCUCGUCGUGCAGAUGGACAGACAUCUGCAACAAUCUACAGACCAGGAACUUUUGGUUAGGUGUAAACUGCAACCACGUGUGAUGCGCAUUAACAGCUCAGCGUUGGAAAACGUCAUCACGACCAAGAUACGGGAAAUGACUGGGCAAGAAGUCAAGAAAAUUAGAACCGGUCGCAAUCGACAAGGAUUCGUGAACCCAGCGGAUGCAGAACACCGGGAGCUGCUGAUGGAGUCAGCUCGUGCGUGGAUGGAGCUGGCCCCCGCCGCGCCGGCGAGUGAACCCGCCACUGUCGAGGUGGGGCAGCCCACGAGGCUGCUCAUACAGUGCACUCUGCCCGUGGGAGUCGGGCUGCGCGUCACCAACUGCGUGGCCCACGACGGUCUGGGCGAGGCCUCUCAGACCCUCCUCGACGAAGCGGGCUGCCCUAUCGACGAGUCCAUCUUCAACCGCCCCACCGUCCACCGCCACAAGCACCGCAGCGCCGAGAUAGACUUCUCAGACCUAGAACCAGUCGAUCCUCAGCGAAACAUCGACGAAAGCACCAAUCUGAAACUAGCACGAAGCGACCCGGAGUAUAUGCUCAAGAAUAUAAUGACUUACCAACAUGCUGUCACCACGUUCGCGGCUUUCAAGUUCCCUGACAGAGCUAAGCUGCACUUGUCCUGUGGUAUAGAACUGUGUAAAGGUCAUUGCCCUGUAGUAGACUGCAAAGCCCUGCAGCGGCCGCAGCAAACGAGAGACGGAUUGGUGCGAAAGGCUCGCCUGGAUAAAGAGGCCAAAGGAGUCGUCAUAGACAGAUUGGAAGUCUACAACAGUAUUGAGGUGUUGGCCCCUAACAUAGAGUUGGAGGACGAAGCUUCGAUCAAAGGAUCAAGAAGAAUUGAAAGCGACGAAGACGAGAUCGUUCGAAGCUUCUCUCCAGGCGACAAAACUAUCUGCUUGUCACCUGGGAAAAUGGCUCUGGCGUUCUGCAUUUUAGGGGUAAUUUUCCUCUGCGCGAUUGCUGUUGCUUUUGUCUCUUUGAUUCGCGCUAGAAGACGUUUAGGAAGAGAGCCGCUGCAUACAUCUCUUUCUUUCUACACGGGAAGCAAGAGUCUGUUCUCUUCUAGUGAAAGCUCAAGUUCUGGUCUCAGUGGGUCUAAACUACUCCUUACUGAUAGUCCUUAUUUAGAUCACCAUUCUUCAUCCAGUAAUAAUUGGCCUUAUUCUAGAGCUUUCUAAAUAUUAUGAUAUAUUUGACAGUAUUCCAUUUUGGAUAUAAAAUGUUGAAAUGUACAACUUACUUUUUGACCACUUAACAACGAAUGUUAUCCAAGCAAAAAUAUGAAAAGAUAUUGUUGGUGCUAAGUGUCAAGUUAUUGCAAUUUCAGCCCUCUAAUCAGUCAUAGAGUUAUUAAUCACUGGAUAAGGUCAAAAUAAAAAAGAGCACCUCAGUAAAGUAUUUAAGACUGCUAAGAUAAUAAAGAAAAUGAAACUAGGUGAAUAUAUUCAUCGGUAGUUUUGGAGAAGAAAUACAAAAUUAACAACAAAAAAACCGAAUAUGAUCUAACUGUACUUAAGUUAUCCUAUUUAUUUUAGACUAUAAUAUCAUUUGAGGAGGUGCUUUUGAACGUCGCUAUGGUAACAAGGCAUUAUAAGGCGAGUUAGGAUAUGGGUUAUAGGGGUAUAUUAGAAAUAAUUUCGAAUUCAUUAGUGCUUCCUCGAAAUUAGAAUUAUUCUAUAGAUAGAUUAAUUAAACUUAAUUAUUAUAGCGGCAUUCUGUAAUGCUAAACGAAUAAUAAUGUUGUGAUAAUACAUAAUGUUUAAGAACAUCUACAAUAUAAAUAUUUUGUACUUUUAUACACCUGUACUAU